UACACUCUGUGCAGUACAGUGAUGUAUGGUGACCCCACUGGAGGAUCCUCCCGAAAACAGCUACCGAGAGAUAUUAAUGUUGUUGGGAGACAAAAGAAGCGAUUGUUUCCAUUCCGGGCAUUUCAAGGAGACGCUGAAAUCAGUGAAGUCAUCUAACGGCGCCUCCCAUUUGAAGAGCAAAGACGCCCGUGCGCGCACACUUAAUACCCUAACUUUGCUCGUAGGAUGUGACAGUACAGCGCGCUUGAUCUGGGGGAGAGGGGUGGGGGGACUCUCCCGACAAUCCACUCGCACUUUACGGACUAUCAUUGUGUUUUUAUCUACAUCGAUAUACGUGCAUGCUGGAGAGCAGUAUGGACCAUUCAGAAAUCAGAGGGCAAAGGCAUGAGUGAAGAUGACCUUAAAAGCAGCCAAAACAUGGUUUUUUAGACUCCUCCCGGUUGUGCUGUUCUUCAUCUGUUACUAUUGCUCCCAGUUCUACUUUGAGAGCUAUGGAGGCAGCGGAAAGUCCCCUGAACCCACUGUUUCGCUUUGUCACAACUAUCGCUUGCAGAGGAAGUGGGACAGUCUUAAAUUUAACAUGAGCCGAAAGACUGAGCUCUUUCUAAAGCUGGAGGAUUUCUUCUGGAGGCAACAUCUGUCAGCUGAAGCCCUGCCCUAUGGUAUUAAAGGCAGCGAGCUCCUGCUUUUGAAGGUCUUGGCAGUGAUUUCCAGAUACACAAUGCCAGCAAACAUUGAGAGCAGUUUAGAUUGCAGGACAUGUGCAGUCAUUGGAAACGGCUUUUCCAUAAAAAACACUUCACUGGGGGAGAUCAUUAACAAAUACGACGUGGUGAUCAGGCUGAAUGACGCCCCAGUGAGAGGCUUCGAGGAGGAUGUGGGUAACAAGACCACUCUGCGUCUGUUUUACCCCGAAUCCGCCUCCUAUAAUCCGGGUAUCCACAAUGACCCGGACACCCUGCUGGUCCUGGUUCCUUUCAAACAGCAGGACCUCCGCUGGCUCAAAGAAAUCCUAUAUGACGAGAAGAGGGUUCGAAAGGGUUUCUGGAAGCCGCCUCCUCAGAUCUGGCUCGGCCAGGCCAGUCAGAUCCGGGUCCUGGACCCAUAUUUCCUUCGCCUAACAGCCAGCAAGCUUCUGCAAAUUCCUUUGCAACCACGCCGACAACAGAAACCAAUCCAUCCCACCACUGGUAUUCUGGCAGUAUUUGUGGCACUAAACUACUGUGACGUUGUGCACCUCGCUGGAUUUGGAUAUCCAGAGUUCCAAAACCAGAAACUGCCCAUUCAUUAUUAUGGACAAGAAACAAUGAAGUCAAUGAAGAAUUCCUACCAUGAUCUCAACCAAGAGGCUCAAGUUCUGAAGAGACUGGAAGACCAGGGGGCCAUUUUAUAUCUUCAUCCUCAUUCUUGACAGCCAACAGGAGCACAUGCAUACGUGUUUGCACGUAAAAACAUACAUGAACGCAUGUAAAUACUAGAAACACUAGAAACAAUAUCUUCAGAUAUUCACACAUUCUCACAAAUUUCCAAAUUUUUAUCUGACCUCACAUAUUUAUAAUUUUUCCCUUUUUUUUUUUUGUUGUUUCCUUUUGGGAACUUUUAUUGAAAUAUCACCACUGGAUAUUUUGCGAAAGUAUUUAAUAAAAUGAAAUGAAAUCUUGUUUUUAAUGGAGAACAAAUGGAGACUUGUGCUUAUAUUUCCUUCUUCUCAGAUGUUUCUCCUGAGAAAAAUAUCCUAGUGAUCUCAAAUGUGUCUCCUAUAUGGGCUUCUUCUUCACAGCUCCCAUAUACAGUAUCUGCAAAGGACAAGUUCAGAUUCAAAACCUUGUUUUCAGAUAACAAAAUCUGCACUUUGCACAGAAUGUUAAUAGAAUUUGCAAGCAAAAAAGAAGUUACACAAUCUAGUGCACGUUCGAAAUUAAAUAUUUAAUAAUAUUUAACACUUAUGAACUCAAUGGAAGCGUAAAUAUCAGCUAAACUUUUAAGGUCACUUUAAUUUUGUGAAAAGUCAGAUAUUUCAACUAAUUUUUUUUCUAUAUUUAAGAUACACUUUUCCUCUGAGUAGCAGUGUUGUAAAGCCAUCACCAGAAUAUCUGUAGCAAUACCUCACACAGCCUGAAGAGGGCGGAUCAUCUACGUGACUGACAGUGUGAGCGAGGUCUGUUUACAGGGAGAGUGAAACACGAGCCUACAUGCUUGCACUGAAGCACAUCAUAUGUACAUGAUGGCCGUAUGUUCACUUUCUGCUUUAUGGUUAUUGUUUCCAUUUGAAGUGGGGGGAGCUGCCUUUUUGUUUGAGUCAUUUUCUUUACUCAGAGCUUCACAGAGGAAGGAACAUCUGGAGUUUUGUCAGGCGAGAGAGAGAGUGUUCGUAUGUGCCCGAAUACUCUGCCAGACUGCAAGGCCUAGUUGCUUACAGCCCUCAAUGUGAGUGAUGUUUGGUUUCGGCAGCCCCAAAAACAGCAAAAAAUACCUAGUGAGAGAUGAACUUUUGACACAAAGACUGUUCUAGAAGUUCUGCUUGUUUUGGUCAAAUUCUAUGGCAGCAGCCCAUAUUUUGCUGAAAGGCAAUCCCACAACAGAUUGCACAGAGUUUCAUGGAUAAUUGAAUCUAAAAUGGUGGACAAAGAGAAUGAGAAUUCAGUAUUGUAUAGACAAAGAAAUAGUACAUUAAUAAAAAUGACGUUCAUACAA